AUGCUGGCCCUCCAUCAAACCCAACGGGACGUGCCGUGUUCGGAAGUCCAUGAUGCUCUCGGGCUACAGGGAGCUCGGUCGAUAUACUUUGGACGUCCGACUGGUCGGUCAAUUCUCUCAGAUCCAAUUAGGCCGAGGCCGAUGCCCACUGUAACAGUGAUCAUUUACUCUGACAUUCGCUUCCUAUUAGAAUUUCCCUCGGUAUUUCUUUGCGCAUAUGUCCUCCCAGUCCAGAGAACAGUAAUCAUGGCCAAUGAGAAACGAGGAGGAUAUCGACAAAUCAACCAAGCGCUGAAUAUAUGUGCCUGGGAGGGCUAUUUGAAUGAGCAGCACGCACGGCUGCCCACUCUUGAGGAUGUCGAACAAAUCAGCCCCCGCGUGCUGCGUGUCCUGGGUCAGAAUGAAGGCAAGGUACGCAGAGCCGACGGCUACUAUACAUGUAGUUCCCGGCUGAUCGAAGGACCUCAGUUCACGCUCCAAGGAACAAACACUUAUAUCGUGGGCACCGGCCGUCACCGUCUGCUCAUCGACACGGGACAGGGGAUUCCCGAGUGGGCCAGCCUGAUCUCGUCUACCUUGGCAGGCUCCUCGAUCGAGCUGUCUCAUGUUCUGCUCACUCACUGGCAUGGUGAUCAUACUGGGGGCGUUCCGGACCUUCUCCGGAUGUAUCCCGACUUGUCCGAUUCGAUCUACAAGCAUACCCCUGGCAAGGGCCAGAAGCCUAUCUCAGACGGACAGACCUUCCGUGUGGAAGGCGCUACUGUCCGUGCCGUACACACCCCCGGCCACUCGCAUGACCAUAUGUGUUUCAUCCUCGAGGAGGAAAAUGCCAUGUUCACCGGGGACAACGUCCUGGGCCAUGGGAGCAGCGCGGUCGAGGUGCUUAGUACCUGGAUGUCUUCAUUACGGAUGAUGCAGUCGCUUCGCUGUGCGGUGGGGUAUCCGGCCCACGGCGCAGUGAUACGCGACCUGCCAAGCAAGCUGGACCUAGAGCUCACGCAGAAGGCCCGUCGGGAGGACAGGGUCGUCGAGACGUUGAAGCAGAUGAAGACAGAGACCCAACGGAACGGAGCACGGGGGAAAGGCAGCGUCACCGUCCAGCAACUGGUGACGGCCAUGCAUGGACAUGAUUUGGAUGAGCAGGUGCGGACAAUGGCCUUGGAGCCGUUUGUGGACGAGGUUCUGCGGAAGCUGGCGCAGGAUGACCGGGUGGCGUUUGAGGUUAGAGGAGGCCAGAAAAAGUGGUUUGCAAUCGAAUACACCUAA